AUGGAUGACCGUACGAUUGACACCAUUUUUGCCGGUUCGAUGGAGAACCUGCCACCGGUUAGCUCGAAAAUUGUGCGCAUCUUCACCAGCUCCACGUUCACAGAUACGACCAUGGAACGAAACAAUCUGAUGGCCAAGUGUUAUCCCAGGAUCAAGGAUUACUGUCGCGAAAAGCACGGCCUAGAGUUCCAGGUAGUGGACAUGCGAUGGGGUGUCCGGGAUGAGGCCACGGACGAUCACAUGACCACCGAGCUGUGUAUGCGCGAGAUCCAGAACUGUCAGCGGCUGUCGAUGGGUCCGAACUUUGUCGUGUUCCUGGGCCAAAAGUACGGCUACCGGCCCAUCCCGACGUACAUUCUGUCCUCGGAGCUCCAGCUGAUCCGCGACGAUCUGGCCUCGAUGGGCGUGGACGUGACGCUGCUGGACAUGUGGUACAAAAAGGAUAGCAACGCUGUGCCACCGAUUUCGAUCCUCCAACCGAUUUCCUCCAUUUUGAUCAACUUUAAUAACAAGCGUGUUCCCAAACUGCAAGCCGAAGAUCAAGCCGUCUGGUGGGAUACGCUGACCAAGAUGCAGAAGCUGUUCCGCAAGGGAGCGGCCUCUCUGUUUGCCCAAGGCAAGCUGGACAAAGAUCAAACGCACAACUACUUCAUGUCGGUCACCGAACGAGAAGUCAUCAACGGGGUGCUGAACGUGAAAAACACGAAAAACCACUGCUUGGCGUACAUGCGUUACAUCAACAACAUCAAUCUGCAGAACCUGAAGAAGGCAUCGCUUUACGUGGACAUCCUGAACCGCAGUCUCGACACGGAGGCAUGCAAGUUGUUGGCGGACCUGCGCGAUGUCCGUGUCCCGAACCGGAUCGAAGUGACCAAUAUCCAAAAAUACACAAUCGAAUGGAUUGGGCGCGAGGGAUUGGAUGUGGACACGCACGAGGAGUAUCUGAACCACUUCAUCACCCACUUCUACAAGAACAUCGUCAAGCUGGUGGACCGCGCGAUGCGCAAAGAGGACUCCAGCGCCCAGGGCCAGAUAGUGACGGAGAUCCUGCAGCAUCUGCACGCCUGCAACAACUCGGUGAAGGUGUUUUACGGUCGCGAAGAGCAGCUACUGCGCAUCGAAAGCCACAUGCUGGGGGACAGCGAAAAGCCGAUCGUCCUGUUCGGUGAGGGAGGCUGCGGCAAGACGUCGCUGCUGGCGAAGAGUGCCGCCCUCGUGACGAACGAUUGGUUCGCGAAGGUGCGCCCAAUCUGCAUCAUCCGCUUCCUCGGCACGACGCCCGACUCGAGCGCCUUGACGCCGACGCUCAUCUCCAUCUGUCAGCAGAUUUCGUACAACUUUAUGCUGCCCUUCGACCAGAUCCCGGACGAUCUCGUGCCGCUGACGGCACACUUUAAGCAGCUGCUGACGUACGCCAACCCGCAGCAACCGCUGGUACUGUUCCUCGACUCGGUCGACCAGCUGACCGGGGCGCAGGACGCGAACAAAGUGUCCUGGCUACCGACCCGGUUGCCACCGUACUGCAAGAUUAUAGUAUCGUGCGCGGCCGAAGAAUCAAACCCGGUCGUGUCGCAGGAGUACCACAUCCUGCGGCGCAUGAUCGACGUGGAAGAGAACUUUAUCGAGGUGACGGCACUGGGCGAAGAACUGGCAAUGAACGUCAUCAAAAUGUGGAUGCGUACGGCCUGCCGCGAUCUGACCAACUACCAAUGGCGUCUGGUGGCGAACGCAAUCGGCAAGUGUUCGCUACCGAUCUUCGUGAAGUUAGUCUUUGCGGAAAUUUGUCGCUGGCGUAGCUUCACCCGGCCCCAAGACACUCACCUGGCAUCGACCGUAAUGGACAGUAUAAUGAUGCUGUUCGAGCGCAUCGAAAAGCAGCACGGUCGGAUACUGGUGUUUCACGCUUUGGCUUACAUCACCGCCGCCAAAUCGGGGCUAUCCGAGAGCGAGCUCGAGGACCUGAUCUCGUUGGACGAUCGCGUGCUGGACGACGUCUACCAGUACCACCUGCCGCCGGUGCGGCGCAUACCGCCCCUACUGUGGACGCGCAUCCGGAACGACUUGCCGAACUACCUGAGCGAGCGGGAGGCGGACGGCGUGAACGUGAUGAACUGGUACCACCGGCAGUUCCGGGACACCGCCAAGGAGCGCUACUUCAAGAACAUGAACAUGGCCAUCUACUUCCACUCGAUGAUCGCUGACUACUACCUCGGCAUCUGGGGUGGCAAACCGAAACCCUUCAAGUACACCGAGAUCCAGCGACACCGGUUCGGGCUGACGGACAAGGAGGGCAUCGCCGACCGGAAGGUGCCGGUCCAGCCGCUCGUCUUCACCAACAAGGAGGGUAAGGUGACGCGCUACAACCUGCGCAAGUUUGGCGAGCUACCGUUCCACCUGGUCCGGUCGCGGCGCUUCACCGACCUGUACGAGAACGUCCUGUUCAACUACGAUUGGCUGCACGCCAAGCUGUCCAGCUGUCCGCUGCAGGCCGUGCUGGCGGACUUUGAGGAUGCGUCGAUCAACAUCGAUGACAAGGAGGCACGGCGCGAGCUGAUGCUGGUGGCGGACGCGCUCCGGCUCGGCGGCGCCAUCCUGGGCAUUUACCCCAACAUGCUGGCGGCCCAGCUGAUCGGACGUCUGCUGCCCGAAAUUGGGGGCAAUCCGAACAUCAAGAUGCUGCUCGAGGCGUGCGAUAAGUCGGGACCGAAAGACUCGGCCCUCAUUCCCCUUAAUCACUGUCUCCACACACCCGGAGGUCCGCUGAAGUACUCCCUAGAAGGACAUCAAUUUGCCGUUUUCGGGUUCUGUCUGACGAGCGACUACCGGUACAUGGUGUCGAUUUCGACUCGCUUCAUCACCUGGGACCUUUCGACUUCCGAUCUGACCCGCGACGUGAAUCCGGGCAUGGAAGGCAUCAUGCAACAGUUGGUUCUUAGCCCGGACAACAAGUGGGCCGCCGCGUACACCAACAACAGUCAGAGCGUGCUGCUCAACAUGCUAUCGAGCGAAUUCAGCAUCAUCGAGAAUCCGUUUGAGGCGACAGAACCCGUCACCGGACUUUACCUGCUCAACAAGAACUUGUAUCUGCACACGCACCAAAAGUACGCCGAGUACGACAUGCGGGGUAAUCUGUUGCGCCAGGAGGAACUUCAAGACGUCGGCGAAGGAUGGGAACUGUUGUACAUGGAGCUCACGUCGUUCGAAAACUUCUACGCCAUCCUGUGGUCCGGGGCGAUUAACGAUACGCGGUUGAUGCUGUGGACGCAGCGCGAAACGGUCGCCACGAUUCCGCCGGUUACACUGCAUAGUGCGAUCACGAUGAAGAAGGAUCGCAGCACGAUGUACUGCUGCUCACAACAGGGCUUGUAUCAGGUGAGCGAGUUCAUUUUCGAGUCCGUCGAAGAUGAGGCAACCGGCGCGAUAAACGCUUACUGGAGUCACGUCCGCGAUCUGCCACGGUACGAAAAUGAUGAGAAGGAGAUGCUGCUACAGCUGAAGCUGGACCAGGACGAUCGGUUUCUGCUGGCCAGCACCGCCAACGGGUUCGUUGUGUGGGACUUUAACGGAGGCGAGGGCGAAGAACCGAUCUCGCAGGAGGCGAUCUAUCUGGCACUGCCGCACGGCGUGCGCAACAUCUCCACCAAGAUGACCCAGUCGAACUCGGUUAUGAUUAGCUCGAAGGUCGACUACGCGGUGGCGGGCGUGCGGAAGAAUCUGUACGUGUGGAGCGUCACGAGCCGGGCGCUGCUGAAGGUGCUGGACGCACACUUUGGACGCAUCAUUCAACUGGAGGCACUCACGAUCGGCGCGUGGAACAGCGUGAUCACUUCGUCGAUCGAUCGCUCGGUAAAGAUCUGGAACAUCAACAACAUCUUCGAGCAGGUGCACGUGAUCGACCGUCACGAGCUGCAGAUCGACAGCAUCAGUCUGUCGGAGAACGGGGAGCUCGCGGUGACGGUUACGCGGGGUUGCGUUGGCGUGUGGGAGAUCCGCACCGGUCGGCUGCUCUCCAAGCUGGCCGACAGUCCGCUCGGGGCCAUCGUGACGCACGCCGAAAUUACGCCCAACGGACGCUACAUCGUGUCGUCGGAGACGGGCAAGAUCCUGGUGUGGAACCGGGUCACCGAGCAGGUGCUGGCCCGUGACACCCAGCCCGGCAUCCAGCAGAUUAACUUCCUCGAGGGUGGCGAAAAGUAUCUGACCGUUUCCUGCCCGCAGGCCUCGAGUGGUGGUGGCUCGGGCGGUGGCUCCGGCCCAGGCGGAGCGGGGGCUUCGGGAUCGGCGGACGACCCCGGCAUUCAGGCGCACGCGAUCGUGCGUAGUCUGCCCGACGGAGCGAUCGUGUUUUCGUACGAUUACCCGGUCCGGCUGGUACCGGGAUUACCGUUCCGCUGCGCAGUCCUUUCGGCCGACGGAUUGCACAUUCUAUGCUCGUCGACCGACAAGAAUGGUAAGGACGCGAUUGCGGUGUUUGCGGCCUCGAACGGCCAGUUCCUGCACAAGAUCUCGCUCCGGACGUGCAACAUCAAGGAGAUUGCGUCGCUGUUGCCGCUACCCCACAAACCGACCCAGGUGGCCGUGCUCACCAACGAGAAGGGCAGCAUCAUGGACAUCAAGACGAAGAAGCACGUCCGGUCGAUCCCGAAGUGGAGCGGCACCUGCACCACGGACGGCAAGUUCGGACUGUACGCACCGUCCCGCGGGGGUCUCGAGUUGCUCGAGCUGAAAAAGGGUUCGACGGUGAAAACUUUCAUCCCCAAGGUGGCCGAGGGUGUGUUUACGGUGAUCUGCAUGUUUACCUCGACGGACGAGUACGUGCUGUACUACCACAGUGGCCGCAAGACGUUGCGGGUUUUCCGCACGAACGAUGCCGAAAUGAUCGCCAACUACCGGAUGCAGGCGGAACUGACGGCGAUUCGGAGCACCUCGGACGGGCGCAGCCUCGUGCUGGGCACGGUCGACGGCUGUAUCUCCGUGCUGGCGAUCGCGGAUCCGAAGAAGGAAGAGAUGCAACAGUUCCUCAAGAACCUUCCAUCGCGCGAUGCUAACUGGAAAAAGAAGCUGGCCAAGCAGAAAGCGUCGGCCCGGUUCAAGGCCGCGAUGCGAUUGGCGUCCAUUUCCACGCGCUUCGGCACACCGAUCGACGACGAGGAUGACGACGUCGAGGAUGAAGCAGCAGGCGCACGAGAACAGACCAAGGACAAGGCAGUCGUUGAUGGAACACCGGAACCGGUUGCGGAAGAGAGUGCAGCAGAUGAAGAGGAGCAGGAAUAA